AUGACGAUCCUCCUCCACGAUGUUCAGUACUUACUGCAGAUUCCUGUUGAGGGACGACUGAUGAGUAGGACUUCUGUGCAGCUUGAUCAUCCAGAGGUGGGUUUGUGUGCGCUUCUUGGGAUGAACUCGGAGCAGUUGAGUGGUCGUUCGGAGGCCCCUGGAUUUGGUAGUAAGGGUAAGUGGUACGAGAAGGGUGGUUUUCUUGCGGAGAUGGCGUCCAGAUACUUGCAGAUGCCUUGGUCAAGCGUCUCGUGCUGGUGCCAGGGGGUGGCUGGUUGUCUCACACUUCUGCAGUGUUGGAUCUACGAGUACUUUCCGGGUUUCAGGCCAUCUCACUUUGAGCCACCUGUCGUUGGACCUGAUGAGGCUUGGGCUUCACGAUGGAUUGGGCAGCCGGCGACUGGUUCUGUGGCUGAUCCCAGUGUGAGGUUGGCGUUCUACUGUCAAGCUCUUGACAGCUUGACCCCUUCUGAUGUGUUUUGGACACCUUUCCAUCAGAGGCCUCAUCAGGCAGUGCGUCGCUCUUUGUACACUAGAGUGAUUCGGUUCGCUGAUAUA